GAUCUGACCCAAAACGCUGGAAUUUACAUAUAUUUGUAUUUACGCCUUUGCAUAAGCUCAUUUUUUAUAGAUGGUUUAUUCCUGUUGGACCAUUAUUUUAUCUAAUACGUGUAAUUCAACAUUUAAUUGGACCUAUUUCCGCGACAAACGUUGACAGGCAGUGCUUAGGUCUCUCCUAAACAUGGCCACCAUGAUGGAGUAAAUGCUUCAACUUUAAAUUUCACAUUUUCAGAAGAAAACUUAAUUUUCUGUAUUCUACCAGGAAUGUUUCAACGGAAGAAACUAUAUCAAACAUAAUCCAUAUGAAAUCUUUGAAGAAAGUUUCUUGUUGGAUUUAAUACUGGUUUAAGUUGGCUGGAAGCUGGAAAGGAAAAAAAGAAUUGCAUCAAUUCCGUAAGCGUUUUCUUUUCUCUCGAUAGUUUUAAAGCUUUUACAAACCUUUUGUGGGGGUUUUCAAGUUGUGGAUAUAUCUUUAUUGCAAUCAUUUUGCUGUGAAGAAUUGAAGAAACGAUUGGGAUGUAUAAUAUCAUUUUGAUGCGUUUUCCAGUGGAAAGUGAAUCUUGGUGGUCGAAAGAAGAGUAGUAAUGUUCACUGGUUGACGUACUUUUAGAAGCGAAGAACCGAAGAAUACAUAAAGGAAUAUAUCUGUUCAUGUAUGGUUUUGAGGCGCCGAAAGUGCACCGGUCGUUUCCCCAUAUUUUUGAAUUGGUGGAAGAUCGAGUCAACGAUACCCCCCCCCCACACUUAUAAUAAACGAAAGUAUUACAUUUCUCAUAUGGCUUUAAAGGUCAUGAAGGAAAUCCAUCUACACUUCUAGGGUUUGAAAGAAUGUCAUCAGAGUACAAGAGUCUGGAUCCCUCUGACCACGGACCGUCUCCUCCCCUGAGCAGCACUGGGGGGGGCUCCCCCUCAGACAGCCCCUCCCCUGCCCCCACAGACAGGCGCCCCCGUGGCCGGCCUCGUAAGGAUGCAGGUGCCGGCACGCCCACGCGAGCACCCACACCUCAAAAGGGCUGUAGCAGAGGCCAAUCCCAGGGUGAGGAUGAGGACAGCAUGGAUGGGACAGAGACCACCGAAGCCCAGAACAUGCAGGAGAUGGAAGUUAAGGAGCUGGUCCUGGAGGUUGAGGAGGUCAUCGUGCCCCUGUUGCCCAGCCCCACUGACGACAGACCCCUCUCCCCACUAUUCCAGCGCUCUGUGUCAGAGGACUCAGCAGGAUCCUCUGCCUCGGCCCUGGAGCACGCCAAAAUCCGUGAAAAGCUGUGUGCUUUCUGCUACUGUGGGGAGAAGAGUUUCCUGGGCCAGGGCGACCUGAUGGUGUUUGGCCCCACACCCGGCUACGUGCCGCUGCACAUCCGCAACCGCCGCGGAAGCUCUGAGAAAGACGACGACUACCACGAAGACGACUUUCAAGACGACGACCAUGACACCAAGAGCCCGGGGCAGCGUGACAGCAGGAGGGGACUUAAAAAGGUCAGCUCUCCGGACAGUGGUCUCCACUCCUCCUCAGCACCGGGCAGCACGGACCCCUUCAGUGAGGAGCCGGCCCCCAAGUUCUGGGAUGAGCUGGGUCAGAUCGGCCUCCCCGACGACAUCAACGUCCAGUCCCUGUUUGACCCCACAGGCCAGUGCUGUGCCCACCUGCACUGUGCCGCCUGGUCCGAGGGGGUGUGUCGCGGCGAGGCCCAAGACUCACUGCUCUACGUGGACAAAGCCAUAGACUCGGGGAGCACAGAGUGCUGUGCAUACUGUAAGCGUCUUGGAGCAUCCAUCAAGUGCUGUGAGGAGGGCUGCUGCCGCUCCUACCAUUUCCCCUGCGCCGCCGCUGCCGGAACCUUCCAGGACCUGCGGCGACACACCCUCCUCUGCCCCGACCACCUCCAGCUGGCCUCACAAACAUCUAAAGAGGAGGUGAAGUGCUUGUUGUGUGACAGUGCUGGGGACCUGCAGGACCAGCUUUUCUGCACCACGUGUGGGCAGCACUACCACGGGGUGUGUCUGGACGUGGGUGUUACCCCCCUGAAGAGGGCCGGCUGGCAGUGUCCCGAGUGCAAAGUCUGUCUGACCUGCAGGAACCCGGGGGAGGACAGCAAGAUGCUGGUGUGUGACAUGUGUGAUAAAGGCUAUCACACUUUCUGUCUCCAGCCUGCCAUGGAAUCCAUCCCCACCAAUGGCUGGCGGUGCAAGAAAUGUCGGGUUUGUUCUCAGUGCGGGGUCAGGCAGGCAGGCCACUGGGCCCACAACAUCACGCUGUGUGAGAGUUGCCACAUGCAACCGGAGGAGCCCGCCCCCGCCCUGCCGUGCCCGCUGUGUGGGAUGGGCCAGGGCCCCGGCGACGUACCCAAGGACGUCGUCAUCACCUGCCGUACCUGCAAAAGGUGGCUUCAUGGGGAGUGUGAGAAGCAGGCAGGGGGCGACCCGGACCUCCACCCCCAGGCCCACUACGUCUGUACACAGCUGGAGAGGGACAUGGUGGAAACCCCGACCAGCCCCAUCCAGGAACCCACAGAACCAGAACCAGAACCAACUAUGGAUGUCUUUAUGGCUGUGGUGGAGGAGGAAGUGCCGCUUUUGGAAGAGGUGUGCCCUAGCCCUCAGCUGGAGCAAGAGGCAUGUUGUAGCGCUCAGAUGGAGGAAGGGGCGUGCCCUAACACUCAGCUGAAUGAAGAGACAUGUCAUAGUGCUUGGAUGGAGGAAGAGGCGUGUCCUAGCCCGCUAAAGGAAGAAGGGGCGUGUCCUAGCCCUCUAAAUGAAGAAGGGGCGUGUCCUAGCCCUCUAAAUGAGGAAGGGGCGUGUCCUAGCCCUCUAAAGGAGGAAGGGGCGUGUCCUAGCCCUCUAAAGGAGGAAGGGGCGUGCCCUAGCCCUCUAAAGGAGGAAGGGGUGUGCCCUAGCCCUCUAAAGGAGGAAGAGGCGUGCCCUAGCCCUCGGCGGGAGGAGGAGGAGGCGUGCCCUAGCCCUCGGCGGGAGGAGGGGGCGUGCCCUAGCCCUCGGCGGGAGGAGGGGGCGUGCCCUAGCCCUCGGCGGGAGGAGGGGGCGUGCCCUAGCCCUCGGCGGGAGGAGGGGGCGUGCCCUAGCCCUCGGCGGGAGGAGGGGGCGUGCCCUAGCCCUCGGCGGGAGGAGGGGGCGUGCCCUAGCCCUCGGCGGGAGGAGGGGGCGUGCCCUAGCCCUCGGCGGGAGGAGGGGGUGUGUUCUAGCCCUCUAAAGGAACAGGAGCCCAAAGAAUCUCCCUCAGGUGCUGAACCGGCACAGGAGAUCCAGGUGACCGUUACCCUGACGGAGGGCCCGGAGUCUCCCCAGAGGUCUGGAACUCUAGUGGGCGUGUCACCGCUCGCCUCCCAGAGUCCCGCCGCACCCAGGGCCGACGACCAACAGGAACUGGAAAUAUCAGACUUGCCAGAAACAGCAAAAGUGGCGGCGCCUGAGGCGGCGUUGCCGCACAAUGUAGAGGAGAAGGAGGAGACCAAAUCGGAGGACUCCAAAACCACUUUAGCCACGCCCACCAAAGACAUAUCCCAUGAGCCUUUGGAGGAGACUACGGAGGAGGCUCCUGUAGAGGAGGAGGAGCCUAUGGAAGUAGCACCUGUGGAAAUGCCGCCUUCGGAAUUGGAACAGGCUGCAAUGGAGACCACUGUUGAGGAGAAUGUUCUGGAACCCAUGCAGGAGGAGCAGAGGGCAGUUGCGGAAAAGGAGGUUGAGGAGAAGUUGCAGAAGGAGUUAGUGAACGAGGGGAAGGAUUUGCCUCCAAUUGUUUUAGAUGAGGGGGAGGUGUUGCCUUCAGAUGUAUUGCCAGUUGAAGAGGAUACAAUCAGAGAAAAGGUGCUUAGUCCCGUGGCUGAACUUCCUGAACUGGAGAGCACGGUAGACAUGGAUACCACGGUAGAAAUGGAUACUACGCCUGCCAGCGACUGCAGCUUCUCGGACUUCGGCUCGCCGAGGGGAGAGGACAAAGGCCCGAAGGCCUCCCCUGGAAUGUCUCCCGAGCUCUCGUUUAUGCUGGCCCCGUCCCCCUUCUCUACAGAGGCCUCCCCCAGGAAGGCCAGCCCACACCGGGUUCAGGUCCAAAUCCAGGCCCAGGCUUCGCCUCAGGUCCAACCUCAUUCUGGAUACAGUGCUAGUGUGCCUCCCACCACCACAACCUUUAUUCCCCUCACCCCCAAGAUUGGCAUGGGGAAGCCUGCCAUCUCCAAGAGGAAGUUCUCCCCAGGGAGGCCAAGGGUGAAGCAGGGAGCAUGGAGUAACCAUAGGGCAGCGAGCCCCCCCUCUUGGUCCCAGCAGGACCCCUUGGAGGGGGGGUGGGACGGCCUACAAACCAAGCAGCUGCAAGAGGCGCCCGUCUGGAGCAUGAGAGUGGGUCGUGGUUCAGGCUUCCCUGGAAGGCGGAGGCCCCGGGGGGCCAACCUGUCUGGGCGUGGGGGCCGCGGACGCUCCCGGGGACUCAAGGCCUACACCAGCUUUGCCGUGACCCCUGGGGCCAGUUUUGUGGAGCAGCCGUACGUGGUGGAGGAGGAGAGCACAAUGCAUAACACUGUGGUCAUGUUCUCAACCACAGACCACUUCACUCUCAGACAGGACAUGUGUGUGGUGUGUGGGAGUUUUGGCCAGGGGGCAGAGGGCAGGUUGCUGGCCUGCUCUCAGUGUGGCCAGUGUUACCAUCCCUUCUGUGUCAACAUCAAGAUCUCCCGGGUGGUGCUGAGUAAAGGCUGGCGCUGUCUGGAGUGCACGGUGUGCGAGGCGUGCGGCCAGGCCAGCGACCCGGGCCGUCUGCUGCUGUGUGAUGACUGUGACAUCAGUUACCACACCUACUGCCUGGACCCUCCCCUGCAGACGGUGCCCAAGGGCAGCUGGAAGUGCAAGUGGUGUGUCUCCUGUACCCAGUGUGGUGCCACCUCCCCUGGCCUGAGGUGUGACUGGCAGAACCAUUACACCCUGUGCGGCCCCUGUGGCAGCCUGGCAUCAUGCCCGAUGUGCACGCGUAGCUACCGCGAGGACGAGCUCAUCGUGCAGUGCCGCCAGUGUGACAGGUGGAUCCACGCGUGUUGCCAGGGCCUGAACACGGAUGAGGAGGUGGAGAAUGCAGCAGAUGACGGCUUUGACUGCACCAUGUGUCGAAUGCACGCUCUGCCUUCACAGGGCAAAAUGAAGGCCCUCCUGUCUGAUGGCUGCGAGGCCCCGAUGGUGACCCAGAUUGUGACUAAAACGAGAGAACCAGCCAUUCAGAAGACAUACACCCAGGACGGGGUGUGUCUGACAGAGUCAGGCCUGUGCCAGCUGCAGAGCCUGGUGGUGCCCUCUACGUCGACCCGCCGAGGACAGAACAGGCGGCCCAAGCCCAAGCUCAAGCUGAAGAUCAUCAACCAGAACAGCGUGGCUGUGCUCCAGACUCCAUCGGACUCCCACUACUCAGAGCUGUCCCGGGACGGGUACAUGGACAACAACCGAGAAGGGGACCUCAUGAUGGACUGUGACGUUAAGUCGGAGUCCAGCCCGGAACGGGAGCCUGUCUACGACAACGCCAAGGGGGCCGACGACGCCGACGGCAACAAGAAGAGGAAGAGGAAACCGUACCGGCCCGGUAUUGGAGGGUUUAUGGUCCGCCAGAGAAGCAGGACGGGACAAGGCAUAGCCAAACGAUCCCUAUCCAGGAAAGACUCGACGAGGUCAUUACCAGAAAACUCAAUGUGCAAAGAGGAGGUGUGGAACGAGACGGAGAGUACGCCGGUGGAGGAGACCCCACCGGUGCCUGAAUGUCAGGAGAAAGUCAAGAAAAGAUACCGCAAAAAGAAAACCAAACUGGAAGAGGAGUUUCCUUCGUACCUGCAGGAGGCCUUCUUUGGGAAGGAGCUGCUGGACAAGAGCAGGCAGGCAGGCCUGGUGACCACAGGGCUCUGUGAGGAGAACCCAGAGACCAAACCCCCCAGCGCCAACGCCAGCUUCCUGGACCCCUCCUCGGACCCGCUGCUCAGCGCUACCUCGACCACCACAACCAUCUCCAGCAGAGCAGGAGGACUGCCCAAUUCUGAGGAUCCUUUAGGGGAUCUUUCGGAAGUCCUGAGCACGGAUGCAGAUCUCCUGGGAAUGCUGUCGGAUGAUCUGGUGAAGUCAGGGCACGACUCAGGUCUUGAUUUAUGCCCUUUCCAAGUCGACUGCUCUCCCUCUCCGUUUGCUGGCCUGGACAUGGACCCCAUCCCUGAUGAUCCCACUGGGCCCUGUCAGGGCUCAGCAGGCCGGGGGUCCAGGUCUCUACAGGAGGAGCCUCUGGACGUCAUCCUGAGCCCAGAACUGGACAAGAUGGUCGCAGAUGGUGCAAUUCUCAAUAAGCUCUACAAAAUUCCAGAGCUGGAGGGGAAAGACGUGGAGGACCUCUUUACAGCGGUCCUAAGUCCCAGCACCAGCCAGCCUCCACAGCUGCCUCACUCCCAACCGGCCCACCCUGGGCCCAAUGGACCAAGAGCUAUGGGCCUUCCAAACCCAGUCGACCAUGGGAUGUUUCCCCGCAUGCCAAUGAUGAACGGCAUGAUGGGGCCCAACCCCCACUUUCCUCCAACUCCCAUGAUGCCCGGCAGCACAGGCCCCUGUGGCCUGGGAAACUUCUCGCCCAUUCACAGAAUGCCUUUCCCAGACAAGAUGAGGGACAAGAAGUUUAGCCAGAUGGGGGGUGAUGUGGUUGGUUCGUGGAGCGCCCCCAGCUCUGUCCCCGGCCCUGUCCCCCCUCCGGAGGGCGAGACAGAUACUAUGUCCAACGCCCAGAGGAGCACGCUCAAGUGGGAGAAGGAGGAGACUCUGGGCGAGAUGGCCACCGUGGCCCCAGUCCUGUACACCAACGUCAACUUCCCCAACCUCCUAGAGGAGUUCCCAGACUGGGCUAUGAGAGUGAAACAAAUCGCAAAGUUAUGGAGGAAAGCCAGUUCCCAGGACAGGGCCCCAUAUGUGCAAAAAGCACGGGAUAACCGGGCGGCCCUGCGCAUAAACAAAGUUCAGAUGUCAAAUGAUACGCUGAAGAGACACCAGCAUCCUCAGCAGCAGCCGCUGUUGACUGACACCUUUGACCCCAAUAGUGUCCCCUUGGACACUGAGCUGCUCUUCAAAGACUCUCUCAAGCCCAAGGAGUCUGAGCACGAGCAGGAGUGGAAGUUCAGACAGGGAGAGUUAAAUCAGAUGUGGGGACCCCUUAAGAAGCAGCAGGAAAAGGUCCCAAAAAGCAAAGCCAUAAAAUCAACAAAUAAAGACGUCCUUUUUGGACAUUCCAACCAGGCAACUAUAGCUGCAGGAGGUGGAAAAAUUUCUCUGCAAAUGAGACAAAAGAGCAAGCAGCAGGCGAAGAUCGAAGCCACUCAAAAGCUGGAGCAGGUUAAAAAUGAGCAGCAACAGCUCCAGCAACAACAACAACAACAGCUGUUUAGCAGUCAGUCAGGUGGAGAUACAACCCCUAAUAGUGGUAACCAGAGCCCCAUGACUCCUCAGCCCAGCAAUGGAGGAAAGUCUGGAAACUCGUCCCCACUGCAGCCAAUAGCGUCUAAGGAUGGCUUCGCUAGACCCCAACUCCCGGGCACACCCACCUCUGGGUCACAGGAUGACGUGUUCCUCAGACCCCAGCUCCCACCUCCGUCCUCAAGGACACCCACCCAGGAGACCUCGUACCCCCAGCAGGGGCCAUCCUCCCAGCCCCAGUCACCACAUAUGUUUUCCCCGGGUUCCUCCUCAGGCUCCCGGCCAUCCUCGCCUUGGGAUCCAUACGCCAAAAUGGUGGGCACCCCGAGACCGCCCCCUGGGGGUGGUGGAUCCACCACGCCCCGACAGAACUCUCUGUCGGAGAUGCAGGAAAGGGGAGGGAGGCCUUCCCCGGCCCACGAGUCGUUUGGCUUGCCCACGUCUGGUAAUGCUGACCCCUAUGCUAAGAUGCCAGACACCCCCAGGCCCCCCGACCCCUUUGUUAAACCCAUGGGACCCGCCAGGGUGGGCCCUUCAGGACUGGGUGAGCAGCAGCAACACCAGCAGGUCAGGCACAUGAUGAGUCCUCCCUCUGGAGGAGAGACUUUUGCCAGGAUGGGCGGACACCGAGCCGAGGUCUACCAGCGCAUGUCUCACAACCGCAUGAUCCUCUCGGACCCCUACUCCAGGCCUUUGCUCACUCCCAUCCCCGGCAGCAACGAGUCGGGCUCCGUGCCGGUGUUCAAAGCCCCCAUGCCUCCCCAGCAGUCCCAGCAAGAGCCCUACAGUGGCCCUAUGCCUGGGGGACUUAAACGAGGGCCAUCUGAUGGCUUUCCCCAAGGACCACAGGCCGACCCUUACGCCCAGCAGCCUCUCACUCCCCGGCCACCCAUGGGGGAAGGGUUCCCCAAUGAGCCCAAGAUGAUGCGCCAACCCCAGGAGGGCCAUUUCGCUCAACCCAUGCCAAUGAUUAGACACCCUCACAGAAACCUGUAUGCCCAAGCGCCAUCUACCCCGAGGCCGGAUUAUUCACAGCAGAUGUCUGACCCUUACGCCCAACCGCCAGGCACCCCCAGACCUCACUCUGAUGGCUAUGCCCAACCUCCUGGCACCCCAAGGCCACACUCGGAUCCCUCAUACCUGCAGACGCCACCUAGCAUUCGUCUAGACCAGUUUCCCCAGCAGCACCCAGCCAAUCACAGACAGUCUCCAUCUCACUCCAUGGAUCCUUAUGCUUCCAUGCCAGGUACCCCCAGACCAGCCCCAGGGGAUAGGUUUCCCAAAUCCCCCAGUAGUCAAAGGAACAUGGACCCCUAUGCCCAACAACCCGGAACCCCAAGACCGCUCCUCACCGACCCUUACGCCCAAGCUCCAGGGACACCGCGGCCAGAAGCAGGCCCUGACGCCUUCAAUCGACUAUGCUCCAGACCGAUACCCAUGUCCCAGCUCCCAGCUGACCCCUUCUCCCACCAGUCUCCGGGCAGGGUGCAGGACGUGUUUGCCCAUCCAAGCGCCCUGGGCUCUCAGACACCUAAGCACCCGGGAAAGUCGGAUGAAGGUUUCUCUCUGCCGCAAUCGAAUCAUCACGGUGGUCAAACGCAGAUUCACGACCCCUUUGAACAGGGUCCAAUGACACCUUUUGUCCAAACUUCGGAAAGGCAGGCCCAUGAUAUCCCCCAGUCUAUCAGCAACACUGUUGACGCUCAGAACAGCAUGCUACCACACCUGGGAGACACUGAAGAGAAGCUCAGACAGCGCCAGAGACUGCGCCAGCAGAUCCUUAGGCUGCAGCAACAGAAGUCUGCCAUCCGGCAAGAGAAAGGACUACUACAGGAAGCUGUUGCAGCCCCCAGCCCGGGGACACCCCACCACUGGUCACAUGACGAUCCCGCCCCACAGAGCGACAUGUUCGGCAGACCACCACCACCUUACCCAGGACCCAUGAGGGGCGGCCCCCACGUUCCCGGGGAUCAGAGGUUCCCUGGUACCUUCCUAGAGGACCAGCGAGGACACUUCCCCAAUGAGGGACAGUUUGCCAGACCCCACUUCCCCAGGGACAUGGCCAACAUGGGCAACAUGGGCAUGAGGCCACAAGGAAUGAGGUUUGGAUUCCCCCCCGGCGCUCAAGGAUCCCUUCAACCAGGCCAGGAGCAACACUUCCUCAGGCCCCUUCACCAGAUGCCUGGCGGGCCCAUGGUCGACAAUGUGCCACCCCAGAUGAGAAUGUCCCACUCGGUGGAGUUUUCCAGGGGGGUCAUGGAGGGCAACACCCAGAUGGGGCUCUCCCCGCACUUCCCCCCACGGGGCCUUCCUGUCCAGCAGCACAACAUCAUGGGUCAGCCGUUCAUCGAGCUCCGCCACAGGGCCCCUCAGAACAGGAUGAGGAUGCCCUUUGGGCAUGGACCUCCCAAUGUCAUGGACCCCUCCAACCAGCCCCAGAUAACACCCCAGGGCUUCAUGGAAGGCCAGGAGAUAGGCUUCGCCGGGAACCAGGGACCCAGAAUGAUGGACCCCAUGAUGGGCAGACCUUCCCAGGGAUCGGUCGGUCACAUGCAGAUGUCGGCUAGUAUGGAAAACCUGCACCAUCAGCAGACUGAAGCUCUGAUGACCACAGGGCAGCAACAGCAUCCUCCACUGAAUAGGUCACUCAGCCACCCGGUCACUGGUGAGUCACUCAAUGCAGCGCCAUCUAGUAUGCUCUUGCCUGGGUCUAGCACCGGUCAAACGGAGGAGACUCAGAUACCCAGUGGAGACGGAAUCGAGGAGAACUUGGAUGCUGAAGACUCCGCAGUGAAGGACCUUGAAGAUGUAGAGGUCAAAGACCUGGUCGACCUGAACCUGAACCUGGACCCGGAUGAUGGCAAAGACCUUGAACUGGGACCCAAUGACCUGCACCUCGACGACUUCCUCAUGUCGGGGAAGUUUGACCUCAUCGCCUACACGGACCCCGAGCUCAACCUGGAGGACAAGAAAGACAUGUUCAGUGAAGAAGAUCUGGACCUGGGCGACCCCAUGGAGGACCACCAACAGGGAGAGACCUCGGACCUCCAGAAAGCCCUGUCGGAGAAGAGGAAAGGCAGCGGGGAUGGCGCAGCCACCUCGUCCCGAUCGGUGGGGAAAUCAGACAAACGGGAGGCCAACGAAUCGAAAGAGACCUUGGACAUGUUUAAAACCGAGGAUACAAUCAAAACGGAGGUCAAAGAUGAACACCAAAAUCAGGACCAGUCUCUCUGCAGUGGCCCGGUGAAUGACAACAGAACCAUGACAAACCAAGAGGGCGCAGGGCUGUAUGAGCAGCCUGGACAGACUGGCUCCGGCUCAACUCCGGUCCUCUCCAGCAUUCUGAUCAAAGAGAAACUGGAAGACACUGGGUUUGGCCCAAACGGCUCUCCUCACCAAGGGGACAUGGCUGCCCAGGCCACCGGGCUACACCCAAACACUGGCAUGCUGAUGCUACCUAGGCAACACGCCCAAGACAACAACAGGCUCAAUCCCAGCGUGGCUAUGGGACAUCGGGUGAGCCCCGCGUUGGUUCAGAGCAGGCUUUCAAUGGGAAACCCAAACCUCAUCUCAGGAGGCAACCACAGCUUCGGGGCCUCAGCCAACCAGCAGGUGGAGCUAAACCUAGCCAUGGUUGGAGCCAGUCAGCAGCCCAAUGCCCACGGCCUGAACCCCCAGGGCCAGCAGGGCAUGUUCCCCCAACAGCAGGGCCCCUCGCUGGGGCAGGCCGGCCCACAGAACAGGCCUCUGCUGCUGGAAGAGCAGCCCCUCCUCCUACAGGACCUGCUGGACCAGGAGAGGCAGGAGCAGCAGCAGCAGAGGCAGAUGCAGGCCAUGAUCCGACAGCGCUCCAGCGACUCCUUCUUCCCCAAUAUGGCAGACUUUGAUGCCAUCACAGACCCGAUCAUGAAGGCCAAGAUGGUAGCCCUGAAGGGAAUCAAUAAAGUCAUGGCUCAGAACAGCAUGGGAAUGCCCCCAAUAGUCAUUAACAGAAUUCAGCAGACGCCGGGAGCACAUGGACCAGAUGCUGCCGCUGCUCUGCCUAAACAUGUGCUUGGACAGGACGGGAAGUUGGCUCCACAGAUGGCGAGACCAAACCCCCCGAAUUUUGGACCUGGAUUCAUCAACGACAGCCAGAGGAAGCAGUAUGAGGAGUGGCUCCAGGAGACCCAGCAGCUGCUCCAGAUGCAGCAGAAGUUUCUAGAAGACCAGAUUGGGGCCCACAGGAAGUCCAAGAAGGCCCUGUCGGCCAAACAGCGGACAGCCAAAAAGGCGGGCCGGGAGUUCCCUGAGGAGGACGUCGAACAGCUGAAGCAUGUGACCGAGCAGCAGAGUGUGGUGCAGAAGCAGUUGGAGCAGAUUCGGAAACAGCAGAAAGACCAUGCAGAGCUGAUAGAGGAGUACCGUGUCAAGCAGCAGCAGCAGCAGCAACAACGGCCAAGUCUCCAGGCUCCUAUGAUGCCAGGGAUGCCACCCAUGCCAGGGAUGCCUACUCAAGCUGCACCUAUGAUGCCCGGAGCGCCCUCUAUGGGCCAGCCAAUGAUGGGGCCCAUGAUGCAAAUGCAGCCCCACCCUGGCCAACCUAACCCUGCCCGCAUUCCCAACAUGCCAGGCUGGCACCCAGGGGGAGUCCAAGGACCGAUGGGAGGCCCAGGUCCAAGAAUUCCAGGUCAAAUGCCCCCACAGAUGCCCCUUGCCAGCCCUGCCCAGUUGCCCCAGCCCCAGUUACCACCCCAGGCCCAACUACCACCUCAGCCCCAGUUACCACCCCAGCCCCAACUACCACCUCAGCCCCAGCUUCAGCCACCACCCUCAAUGGUGUCUGGAGCAAGAGCUACAGCAAUGGGCAACGGAACAGGUGCCCAGGGAGCCAGCGGAGCUAACGAUGGAAGUGGUGGAAACAGCCUCGCUGUGAAAUUUGACGACAACAACCCAUUCAGCGAGGGCUUCCAGGAGCGCGAGAGGCGGGACCGCCUGAGGGAGCAGCAGGAGAGACAGCGGAUCCAGCUGAUGCAGGAGGUGGAGAGGCACCGGGCCAUGCAGCAGCGGCUGGAGAUGGAGCAGCAAGGCCUGGGUCUGGGGCCUACUGGGCUCCCACCCGGCUCCGGAGCUACUAACUCCGGAGGGGAUAGCCUGGCCCACAUGCCAUUCUACAGUACUGAUCUUCCCCAAGACUUCAUGCAACCCUCUAAGCAUCAACAACAGCCACAACAGCAGCAGCAGGGGCAGCUAGGGCCCAUGUACCCCCAGCAGAGCAACAUGCAGCCAGGCUUCACCAGCGCUGGUGGGCCGCUCCCAGGUCAGGGCUUCAUGCCGGAUGGUGUGCACAGGCCCAUGCCUGGGAACAGGGCAUUUGGUAGUCCAGAGAUGGGUCCCAAAAUCCCCAUGCUACAGGGGCUCAACUACCCCCCUGGACAGCCCCGUCCUGCCGGGUUCAGAGGCCCUGGGAUGAUGCCUCAGGUUGGGGGCGAGGGACAGGGACCCCCGUUUGGAAUGGACUCAUCCACCCCCCUACCUCCCAACUACCCCGGCUCAGGCCAGUCCUUGAUCCAGCUCUACUCCAACAUCAUCCCAGAGGAGAAGGCUAAGAAGAAGAGGAACAGGAAGAAGAAGAGAGAGACUGUUGACGACGCAGACUCAGUCAAGACCCCAUCCACUCCCCACUCGGACCUCUGCGCCCCACUGACUCCCUCCCGCGUGUCUGACACUUCAUCCACCCGGAGCCUCAGCAUUCCCGGAGAGCAGGAUCUGUCUGAUCUUUUCCUCCCUGUGGGGUCCUCAGGUUUGGCCCCCUCCUCAGAACUGGAGAGGCAGCUCUCGGGCAGCAGCUUAGCCCAGGGUGGCUGCUCCAGCAUGGGCUCAGAGAAUGACAGGGCCUCCCUGUUUGACGAAACCCUCCAAAUCAAGCUGGAGAGGAUAGAGACUGAGUGCAGAGGGGCGGCGGCCAACGACGGGUCUGCCUUGGGGCAGGGUCCCCGAGCCGGGGGGACAGUGAAGGAGGAGGAGGGAAGCGAGGAGGGGCUCUCUUCGCCCCUCCACGGUGCCAAAGGGGGCGACGCGGGGAACGAGCUGCUUAAGCACCUGCUGAAGAACAAGAGCACGCCCCCGCUAGGUGCCAACGCUAACCAGACCCCUCCCACACAGCAGAUAUCCUGCAACAGCCUUUGCUCAGAGCAGGAGGCCUCGGCAGACCUCAGAGCCACCACCAGGCCGGCCUCCACCACCAACAACAUGACUCCCCCGCACAGUCAGCUGAUAGGAAGCACAGAGCUCCUAGAACCCUCGGUGCCGGCGCAGGGCAAGAGGAAGCAGCAACGCAACAAACGGACACCCAAAAACGGGGCGGAGAAACUGCCAUCACGCUACAAGAGGAGGAAGAAGGAGGAAGAGGAGAGGCACAUCAGUUAUUCUAUUACUGACACUCUGCCCCAGCUCAAACAGGAUCACUCUCUACUGCCCCUGAUGGAGCCCCUAAUGGGGGUCAACUUUGCCCACUUCCCACCCUUCGGCAGCGGGCAGCUCAACGGGGAGAACAGGCUGUCAGGCUCCUUCGGCAGCGGGCAGCUCAACGGGGAGAACAGGCUGUCAGGCUCCUUCGGCAGCGCCUUGCUCGACGGUGUAUCAGACUACUACUCACAGCUCAUUUACAAGCAGAACAACUUGAGCAACCCGCCCACCCCUCCAGCAUCACUCCCACCCACUCCGCCUCCCGUGGCGAGGCAGAAGAUGGUCAAUGGGUUCGCCACGGCCGAGAACCUCGCCAGGAAAGCCGCCGUCUUGGGCGGCCAUGAUGUGAUCAAAGGCCUGGGAGCCAAGAAGCUGCCUACAGCGUUCCGGACAGAGGAAGACCUCAUGGCCCAUGCCAUCAACCAGGGGCCCAAGACAGUGGACGUCCCCGCCUCACUCCCCACACCACCCCAUAACAACCAGGAGGAACUCAGGGGCCAGGACCACUGUGUAGACAGGGACACCCCCGACAACUUUGUCCCCUCCUCGUCCCCCGAGAGCGUAGUCGGCAUGGACAUCAGCCGCUACCCCGACCUGUCAAAGGUCAAGGAGGAGCUCCCAUCCCCAUGCUCCUCUCCCGUCAUACCCAUGCUGCCUAGCGCCAGCGGGAAAGGAACUGAGAUAAAGCAAGAGGUCAAGACUGAACCGUCGAGCUCCUUCUUCGGGUCCCUGUUUGGACAGCCUCCAUCCUGCGCCAAAGCUGGCUUGGUAUCCAUAGCAAUCACCUUGAAUCCGGUCGCAGCGGAGAACAUCCAUGGUGUGGUGGCUGCGGUGGCCGAUCUACUGUGUGUGACCAUCCCCGGCAGCUACGAGGUGAGCCGCGGCCCCGAGCGCAGCUCCCUGGCCUUACUGGCUGGACUCAAGGUGCCUCAGACCCAAGGCAUGGACCCCCUUCACGUCGCCAUGCUCCCCCAGCACCAGCAGCCCCCCGCCAUGAGGUUCCUGAGACCCCCCGGACCACCCACUCAUCCCAGAAUUAGCCAGCAGUUUCAGCCCAUCGGCCCGCCCACCAGCGCAGGUCCAGCUGCCAGGGGUGAGGGGCCUAAACCCCAGUGGUGCUGCCACUGCAAGGUGGUGGUUCUGGGAAACGGAGUGCGCAAGUCCACCAAAGACCUACCCUGCAGCAAACGGGAGAGACAGAGCCGGGUGGAAGGCAUGGUCUUCUGCAGCCGCAGCUGUUUCAUCCUCCAUGCCACGGACACACAGUCCAAAGCCAAGGACAGUAAGCCAAACAUGUCUCCUCUCUUGCCUGAGUCGUCGGUCAUAGAGAGCCCGUCUAAGGUGCUCCACCAGUACAGCAACAACAUGUCCACACUGGACGUCCACUGCCUGGCCCAGCUGCAGCCCAAACAGUCUGCCCCCUCCAGUCCCCCUCCCAUCUCCUUCCCCACGGAGAAACCUAAGCCGGACACCCUCAAGGUGACGGUCAAGCUCAAGCCAAGGCCCCGGGCGGUCCACUCUGCCAGCGGGGGUGGUGAUGACAUGUCGCCCCGCCACCACAAGCGCUGGAAGGGCCUGCGCUGGCGCAAGUGGAGCGUGCACAUCGUGUUUCCCACUAGGGGCAGCCUGCUGUCCUCUCUGCCCGGUGAGGAUGAGGUGGACGAGCUGCUGAGGAAGCUGGGUGCCUCUCUGCGUCCCGAUCCCCUCCCUCGCGACCUGCGGCGUUGCUGCUUUUGCCACGAGGAGGGCGACGGCAUGACAGACGGGCCUGCACGCCUCCUCAACCUGGACCUGGACCUGUGGGUACACCUCAACUGCGCCCUGUGGUCAUCGGAGGUGUACGAGACGCAGGCGGGCGCCCUGAUCAACGUGGAGCUGGCGCUGCGGCGGGGCAUGGCAGUGCGCUGCACCUACUGCCAGCAGACAGGGGCCACCAGUGGCUGCCACCAACUGCGCUGCGCCAACGCCUACCACUUCACGUGCGCGCUCAAGGCCCAGUGCACCUUCUUCAAGGACAAGACCAUGCUGUGCCACCUGCACCGGCCCCGUGGCAUCGGCAGUGGCGAUGGGAGAGGAGGCGACAGGGUCUUGGCGCCCGCCGCUACCCACCACGACCACGAGCUGCGAUGCUUCGCAGUGUUCCGCCGCGUCUACGUGCAACGCGACGAGGCCCGGCAGAUGGCCAGCAUCGUGCAGCGUGGCGAGCGCCGGCACACGUUCCGCGUGGGAAGCCUGGUGUUCCACACCGUGGGUCAGCUGCUGCCCCAGCAGAUGGCCUCCUUCCACUCAGCAAACGCCAUCUUCCCCGUGGGCUACCGGGCCAGCCGCAUCUACUGGAGCACACGCCAUGGCAACCGCCGCUGCCGCUACCUGUGCUCGGUGGAGGAGAACGAGGGCCAGCCGGAGUUUGUGGUGCGGGUGAUAGAGCAAGGCUACGAUGACCUGGUGCUCACCGGCGCCUCACCCAAAGGUGUAUGGGACAAGAUUCUAGAGCCUGUGGCUGAACGGCGUAACGAAUCAGGAACUCUGAAACUGUUCCCUGUCUACCUGAAGGGAGAGGACCUGUUUGGAUUCACCGUCACCGCCAUCACCAGGAUCGUAGAAUCGCUCCCUGGAGUGGAAGCCUGCGACAGAUAUACUUUCCGGUUCGGACGCAACCCUCUCAUGGAGCUCCCCUUGGCCAUAAACCCAACUGGCAGUGCCCGCUCAGAACCCAAGGCCUGCAGCCAUGUCAAGAGGUUGGUGUUAAGACCUCACACUUUGUCCAGCACCGGCGUCUCCUCCUCUAAGUCCAUGCGGACAGUUGGCAGCGUGGGUGUGGUGGAAGCACCAGAAGAGGUGAUCCCCAAGCAGUUUGCAUCCGUCCCCUUCCAGUACCGACGCAUGAAAGCUGAGUGGAAGAGCAACGUGUACCUGGCGCGCUCCCGCAUUCAGGGGUUGGGUCUGUAUGCUGCCAGGGACAUUGAGUCCCACACCAUGGUGAUUGAGUACAUUGGUACCCUGAUUCGCAACGAGGUCGCCAACCGGAUGGAGAAGAUGUAUGAAUCCCAGAACCGUGGAGUCUACAUGUUCCGCCUGGACAGUGACCAUGUUGUCGAUGCCACCAUCACUGGCGGACCAGCAAGAUACAUCAACCACUCCUGCGCCCCCAACUGCAUCGCCGAGACCGUGAGCUUGGAGAGAGGCGACAAGAUCGUCAUCAGCGCCUGCCGCAAUAUCCAGAGAGGAGAGGAGCUGUGCUACGACUACAAAUUUGACUUGGAAGACGACCAGCACAAGAUCCCUUGUCACUGUUGUGCGGUUAACUGCCGGAAAUGGAUGAACUAGAACAGGGACAGUUGGGGCAAAAUACAGGCUACGACACUUUCAAAUUAUGGCGCACACACACAUUCCUUGUUAUAGGCUCGUUGGUUCAUCAGCUGGAAAACGUUGUAUUACUUAAACAAAGACAACUUAUCAGGGCAAGACACUGACCGCAGAACUGUUAGAGAAGACUAAAGAGGGAAGGGGAAUCGCAGGCACAAAACAAUUAUUUUUAUGAGGCUGAGAGCCGAUUCUUUCACUUGGCAAAAUAGAGUGGAGAUGGAUCUUUGUUAAUAUAAAGUGUGAGAAUAGGGUAGUGGGUAAACGGAUUAGGGGAUGGGGAGGAUGUUUUGGGUCUGGGGUAGAAUUCACCAGUUGACCAGGAGAGUUUUGUGCUGGCCACCGCCUUAUUUAGUUAUUGAGAGGCAGGUCCUCUGGAUUAUGAAAUAUAUACAUAUAGUUACAGAAAUGUAGACACCACUGAACAAGGAAUGUACAGAGAAGACUUCCUUAGGGACAAAGCUAAGGGAAUAUUAACUUGCACUAAAACAAAACAAAUUUAGUCAAAUACUUGAUUCCAUGAGUCAGUUUGUUUUUCCUUUUGUUUAAUGUAAAAUACGAGAAUUUUUGUAUUUAUUAUCGAAUCACCGGCAAACUGCUGCCCAGGUUUUCAGUCUGAUCAGAACGUGUUACAUUAUACAAAGUGUAAAUAGUCAAAGACAAUUAAGUAAACAAUCGACCAAAUGCUACCAUAACUUCAUCAUGGCUGUUUGGGUGAUUUUUAUUUUUUUGUUGACAAAAGUAUUUAAGAAGGAUGUCAUAAUAUCAUUCUGAGAGUUUAUGUGCUGUAUAAAACUGUACAGAAUGUGUAAAAAAAAAUCCAGAGUAUUUUUGUUGUAUUUAGAAUGAAGUUGCGUUGUCAAAUUCUGACCACUUGAAGAAUACGCUUUCCGUUUCUUUCAUUUUCCUUAGGACAAUUUCUGUUUGCAUUGACACGCGCAAUCAAAGAAUUGCAGAGAGCACCAAUCACAUCGAGACAACUGAAAUCCUAACCCUAGUUAAUCAGAUGUGAAUGUAGAAUUAGAGAGAACUGUGAAUUUAAGGUUGGAGACCACCCAUUUCAUCAGUUAGCUUCUUUAACUGUUUGUGUACAGCAGUCUCUGAGAUUCACCUCAUGCAGAUAAUUCUGGGGGAAAAUGCCUUUUACUUUUACUACUAGUUGCAGGAGACUCAAUUAUGCUUUUCACAUAAAAUGAUUUUUGUGUUUUGUUUACAAUUCUUUGUAAGAAACAUCCUGUUUAGUGCUGGCUAGUUGAGAAAAAAAUAUGCUAUGAUGUUUUGGAUUUCUUUUGACUCGAUCACAAAAAUCAGAAUCUGGUACUUGCAUUUUGCUGACCAGUUUGAAAUUAAGUUUUCAUUUUUGUGCACAACUUAAGUGGACUGUACAAAAGUUGGUAUAUUCAGUCUCGUUGUAAUAAACAGUACAUGGCAUGAUGUCUUUUUUAACUUUCAGAAGAAUCAAUUGUAUAUAAUUUUCCAUUAUGGUUAAUGAAAUUUGUUUCUUGGAUAUUUUCUCCUCUUGUACAAUAUUCAGACCUCUUUAAUAGUGUCUCUUUUCUUUGUCCUGUAUAAUGUCUAAAAAGCCUUUUUGAAGUAUAGAGUGUGAUGGGUUUUGGAGUUUGGAGUCAGAUUUAGGAUCAUUUACAAAAAAUAAAAUAUUUUACAUCUUAAA